AUUAACAGAUUCAUUCUAGUGUUUAAUGUAGAUGAAACAGCAAAUGAAGGAGGGAAAAUCACGAACAAGGCAUGCCUCCUAAUGAGAAUGAUAAACAACAAAGGUGACUAUCAUGAUGAGCAAUGCGAGCUACAAGCUACUAACCUGGGAGGAGAAGAUGUAAUUCUAGGAACAGACUAG